AGGCACCAUAUCCACGCCGCGCCCUCCCCCCGCCGGGAGUCCCGGGUAAGGAGUCCCAGAGCCGGCCGGCUCCUCCCCGCGCCGCCCCCGACGCUCCCGUCCAGUCCAGCGUCCACCUCAGAGGCAGCGUCCCGGCCGGUCCCGCCAUGCGGCUCUGGGUGCUACUCAGCCUGCUGCUGCUGCAAGAAACGCUGCCGCACGUUACUGGACAGCCUGCUAAGACUAAGCGUCCAAAAGAACCUGGAGAAAACAAAAUUAGGCCUGUUAACAAAAAAGUAAAACCCAAAAAUGCCAGGAUGAAGGAGAGAGAAUCUGUUGACUCCUCUUUGAAGUCCCAGUCCAUGCUGACACAGGUGAUGGAUAAAGGACAUUUCCAGAAGGUAGCUGCCACCUUGAGCCUCUCUGCAGGACAAAGCAUAGAGCUGCGAUGUAAGGGCAGCAAUGUCACUUGGAGCUAUCCUGCCUACUUAGACACCUUUAAAGACUCCAGACUCAGUAUAAAGCAGCUGGACAGGUACAGUCAGCUGGUCCUCACAAACUCCACUGCAGCAGACACAGGGGAGUACAGCUGCUGGCUUCAGCUCUGCAGUGCUAACAAAUGCAGGAAGGAUGAGACUAAAGCAGGUUCUACGUACAUCUUUUUUGCAGAUAAAGAGGAACUUUUUGUACCUACUCCAAGUUAUUUUGAGAUUGUCUACUUGAACCCAGAUAAACCUGCAGUCAUCCCAUGCCGUGUUACUACUCCUUCAGCAAAAGUAACUCUACACAGGGAAUUUCCAGCAGGAGAAAUUGAAACAGAUGGAACUGAUAUUACUUAUGAUGUGAAGAAGGGUUUUGUCUACCAGCACCCUACUUCUGAUCACAAAGGUAUUGUCUACUGCAAAGCAGAGUCACAGGGAGCACCUCAGAUUUCCAUCAAGUAUCACCUACUGUAUGUGGAAGUUCCCAAGGGGCCACCUUCAACCACAAUUGCAGUAUCAUCCAGUAGAGCAGAAGUCAGUGAGAGAAUUCAUGUAACCUGCACAGUCCUUGGGGAGCCAGAUGUAGAUGUGGACUUCAGGUGGCAGUACCCAGGGCAAGAGUCUAAGAGGCCUGUGAUUAUCCAAAACUUCUGGAGACUGAUGAACAGAGGAACUGGACAUACCACAAGAAUUUCAAAGAGCAUUCUUGUUGUUGAUGAUUUUGAAGUUAGAGAUGCUGGAAACUACAUUUGUAUAGCUAGGAACCUACAAGGAGAAACAACAGUAGCUACUGAAGUUGAACUGAAUUGAUAGGAAAGGAUUCUGGCCAUAACUGAGCUGUGUGUUAUUUGACAUUAUAGCCAUUCAUUUUCUUUAUUACUGUUUAAAUAACAUUUUCACUAUUGCAGUCUCUUUACGUAUGUCAAUACUUGCCAUACUCUCUAGCUUGAUAGGCCGAAGUUGAGUCCCCUGUACCCCGUAGGAGUCAGGUGUGAGUUAAAAUUUAAUGCUCAUAGCAGUGCUUAUUCAGCCUGAACAUGCAGAGCACUUCCUGGGUUUCAGAGUAGGUGCUCCUGGGCUUUCCUUUGGAUGUGGUCUUUUUCCUCAGUCUUCUCUAAGGUUAACCCACUGUAUAGUUUGUGCCUUUUUUGUGUAUGUGAGAACUAAGAGGAUAUUAAAUACCCUCCAAAAUGCACCACACAGGUGUAUUUCUUCUGGUGCUGUGCAAUUUUAAAGUUUAGAGCACUGUACCUGUUUUAAAACAAAAGAAAACCACAGAAAAAUAAAAAACAACAACAAAAACAAAAAACCAAACAAAACCCACCAAAAAACCCAAACAAACCCCACAAACCCCUCUGCUUGUUACAGAAUUAGCCAAUAGAAAAUGUUUAUUUUGCAAGAUUAAAUUUCUGAACACUAUGAAAACAUGAAUGUGUGUGUGUGUUCAUUUCAUGUAUGUGUAAGGACAAACACAAAAUUCUCAGGAGGAAUUAAGAUGCAUCUCCAACAACUUGUAAGUGGUCAAGUAUUUUGCAUUUUCCUUAUGCUGUUGCAUUCUUAUACCCUUAUACGUAGCUUGCUUGAGUUCACUCAAGAGAUAUAUAAUGUGUUUACUGAAUUAUGUAGCAAAUUGUUUGCUAAAGGUAAAACCUGUUUUUAUUUAUAUACUAUCAUUUACAGAAGAAAAUAACCAAAUGUAACAUUAGCAUAAUGUUCUGUAACAGCCGAAUCUUUCCUCAGAUUAAGAAAUUCAGCUCAAUUGCAUUAAUUUAUGCAGGAGAAAAGGCAAGAUGUUUUAUUUACUCAGAACUGUACCUGG